CAUCGCGCGUUAAUGGGCUACUCAACCAUGGAAAUUAUUGAAGCCCCCAACGUUAGACUUUCUUGAAGGUAUUAAGUGCUCAAAUCCUCGAAGCAUGAGGUGGCCUCCCAAGGCGCCCACUGUCGGUUGUAAGAUGUCACAUGCAGCCCCAUACCAACCCUGCGCAUGCACAGCCUCAACCCCCUAUUUGCUACCUAAACGCCGAGGUAGCAUUGGCAAUAUAAGUCAACCAACAGUAGUAUUCAAAGCCUCACUUCGGGCUGUACUACUUCGAAAAGCCUGGAGUUCAGCCCAUCGAAUAUUCGUAAUUUCUCGCUCAAGAUCUUUCUAAGCUCACUGGCUGCAAAUACGAUGUCUUCAGAUUCGUCGGAGUGGGUAUCAGAAAUUAAAGGGAACUUUCCCAUUAACAGAGCAGUUCUUAAAGUUAUGCCCAACGGUACGAGGAUAGUUUCUGCUGAAUCGAAUGGUACAUCAGCAUGGUCAAAAACGGCGAAAGUAUCAGUCAUAUUGCAAGAUGGGACCAAAAAGAACUACUUUCUAAAAUGCGCAACCGGCCAAGGCGCUCGCGCAUUAGCCUUUGGAGAAUUCCACUCUGCAUCUGCUAUUAACGAAGUUGUACCCAAGCUUGUGCCCAAGCCGUGCGGAUGUGGUGAAUACCAAAAUGGGGAGUCAACGGUAUACUUCUUUCUGGGGGAUUUCCAUGAUAUGGACCUUUCUGGAAUUCCAGAGCCUGCUGAGUUCAUGUCCAAGAUAGCAGAACUUCAUGAAAAGGGCACUUCUCCAAAUGGAAUGUUUGGAUAUCCCGUUCCGACCGUGUGCGGCAAGAUGGAGCGUACAGUAACCUGGGAGACGAGCUGGGCGAAAUCCUUCACACAUCAACUUCAGGACGUCAUAAAGUAUGAUAACGAGACGAAUGGUGUUUGGCCGGAGUAUGAUGCCGCCUGCAAGCAGCUCAUCGAUGUGGUCAUCCCAAGACUGUUGGGAGCUCUACAAUCCGACGGUCGCAAUAUAACUCCGUCUCUAAUACACGGCGAUUUGUGGGAACGGAACAUCGGGAUUGAUAUGGAAACAGGCGAGCCUGUCUUGUUUGAUCCUGGAUGCACGUAUGCCCAUCAUGAGAUGGAGUUCGGGACUUGGCGAUGUACAUGGGCGAAUUACUUCAAUUCGAAUACGCGCAUCUACACGCGACUUUAUCAGCGCCACAUCGUGCCUUCAAACCCGGUAGCAGAAUGGGACGACCGCAACCGUCUCUAUAGCAUUCAUCCGUAUCUCAAUGACUCGGCCGGCCAUCCAGGAAGUAUUUCGAGGCAAAUAGCUUAUAACGAUAUGUUAUAUCUUUGCGAGAAGUACGGGCCCUUGGACAGCUUAGAGAAAUAUAACCCAGAAAAGGAUAUUAGCCUGUAAGGGUAAAGUAACUGGAAUAGUACCGAAUCUUAAGAAUCUCAAAUAAAUCGGCCUGCUGUACCCUAGAAUGUGUAGGCAAGUACGUGUUGCUGGUAGCACGGUCGGACAUCCAAUCAACUUUAAGGGUAGGCGCGAUUACUAAUAGACCGAUUUCGUAACUCCGUAAAUCCGAAU